AUGGAUAUCAGACUACUGCAGCCUUCGGACAUACCGCACGUCCAGCAAACGAACAUCACGAACCUUCCCGAGAACUACUUUUGCAAAUACUACAUGUACCAUGCUCUGAGCUGGCCGCAAUUGAGCUACGUCGCUGUGGACGUUUCGAGACCCAAAAAGACCCCAUACGAUGCGCCGAAGAUCGUUGGCUACGUACUCGCGAAGAUGGAGGAAGACCCACAAGACGGCAUUCAGCAUGGGCAUAUCACAUCGCUCAGUGUCAUGAGGACGCACAGACGGUUAGGAUUGGCAGAGAAGCUGAUGCGUCAAAGCCAACGAGCCAUGUUCGAAACCUACAACGCCGUCUACGUCUCCCUGCACGUCCGUGUCUCCAACGUCGCAGCCCUUGCCCUCUACCGAGACACCCUAGGCUUCAAAGUCGGCGGCAUCGAAGCGAAGUACUAUGCGGAUGGAGAGGAUGCGUAUAGCAUGCGCAUGGACCUGGACUAUCUGCGGGAAGAGGCUUUGGAUGCUGAAGACUCGGAUGAGGAGGAUACGACCGUCGGACAGGACGAAGGUGGUGAGGUGGGAAGCAAUGGCAAGGCUGGGGAGGGCGAGGACGGUGUGAGGAAGAAGAAGGAGAAGAAGCGGAAGGUCAAAGUUGGACGGCAGUUGGGUGUGGGAGAGUUGGUGGAGAGAAAUGCGGCGCAGGGAAAUGGGACGGCGUAG